CUCAUGCCGAGAAGCUCUGCCCCCUGUGAAAUUCCUCACUGCCAGGGUGAUUCCUACGGUUACCAAAGCCUGUUUUUCCUACUGUAGCCUACCGUGCGCUGUGAGGCAAACUAUUUUACAACCUCUGGAUAAACUAUCAACCCCGGGAAUGAUAUCUCCAGCGAUAAAGGGUUAAUGUUUCCUUACCGGGCGCCCUCAGGGUUGCUUUCAAAGCCUGACUGCCGACAGCUCGCCGCCUCUGUCAUCCUCCUGAGCGAUCUAAUCGAUCACCUCUAGCUCGACAAGAAAGCACACGAGGUUCUGCCGCGCUUGCCGGCAGUUGAGUCGAGCAGUCUCUGCAGGACUGCAUCACCAUGGAUACAGAGUCCACCUACUCGGGCUAUUCCUACUACUCCGGGCGCUCCCGGGGAUCCCACAGACAUGGAGAGCGAAGCCGGGACCGCCACAAGCCGCGCAGCAAAGACAGCCGCUCAGAAAAGUCUGUGACGAUUAACACGCCGCCAGCAGAGCCGCUGCUGGGUGACUCAGCUGUGCGGGGGGAGCAGGUCCAGGAUGACAACUGGGGUGAGACCACCACAGCCGUCACGGGCACAUCAGAGCACAGCCUCUCUCAGGAGGACAUUGUUCGCAUCACAAAGGACCUGGAGGAUAGCGUGGGGCUCGACUGCCGCCGUUACUUCGCCCGGACCCUUGCGAUAAUUUUAGGCCUGCUGGUGUUCUUCACGCCGCUGGCCUUUCUGGUGCUCCCCCACAUCCUCUGGCCAGAGAACCUAAAGACCUGUGGGACGGCCUGCGAGGGCCUCUUCAUCUCUGUGGCCUUCAAGCUGCUCAUACUGCUGCUGGCUGUCUGGGCGCUCUUCUUCAGGCCAGCGCGGGCGGGACUCCCAAGGGUCUAUGUAUUCCGGGCGCUGCUUGCAGUGCUGGUGCUGCUCUUUGUGAUCUCCUAUUGGCUCUUCUAUGGAGUCAGGAUACUCGAAUCAAAGGAUGACAACUACCAGGGUAUCGUGCAGUACGCCGUGUCGCUUGUGGAUGCUCUGCUCUUCAUCCACUACCUGGCCAUCGUCCUGCUGGAACUCCGGCAGCUUCAGCCGUGCUUCUCUGUGUGCAUCACGCGCUCCACGGAUGGCGAGACGAGGCACUACAACCUGGGGCAGCUCAGUAUUCAGCGGGCAGCUCUGGCCAUCAUAGAGCACUACUACUGUGACUUUCCAGUCCAUAACCCAGCGUUGCUUUCUGCCUCCAAGUCCCGCGCUGCCAAGCACCUGGCUGGCCUCAAGGUGUACAACGUGGAUGGUGAGUUCCCAGCAGCCCCUGCUGAGGGUCCUGGGAACAAUGCAGCAGCAGCAGGAAUCGCUCACUCUCAGUCCAGAGCGAUGAUCGCAGCCGCCGCCCGCCGCAGAGACACCAGCCACAACGAGCUGUACUACGAAGAGGCUGAGCACGAGAGGCGUGUCCGCAAACGCAGAGCACGGCUGGUGGUGGCAGUAGAGGAAGCCUUUACUCAUAUCAAACGCAUGCAGGAGGAAGAGCAGAAAAAAUCACCAGGGGACAUUAUGGACCCUCGAGAAGCAGCACAAGCCAUCUUCCCAUCUAUGGCGCGGGCCCUGCAGAAGUACCUGAGGACCACCAAGCAACAGCACUGCCACAGCAUGGAGAGCAUCCAGCAGCACCUGGCCUUCUGCAUCACCAACAACAUGACGCCCAAGGCGUUCCUUGAGAGCUACCUGACCCCAGGUCCGACCCUGCGGUACAGCCGGGACCACUGGCGAGCCCGUCAGUGGACGCUGAUCAGCGAGGCGUCGGUCACCAGCAGCCUGAAGGACGGCAGCAUCUUCCUGCUCAAAUGUGUGGACUUCAGCCUCGUGGUGACGACCAAGAAGAUCCCCUACAUCCAGAUGUCAGAGGAGUACAUCGAUCCCAAAUCCCACAAGUUUGUCCUGCGGCUACAGUCCGAAACUUCUGUGUAGGACUCCAGAUGUUUUAUUUUAUUCCACACAAUUUUCAUUUUGGGGUUUGCAGUUUUUAUUUGUACUUUUUUGGAUUUUUUUUAUAUAUUAUAUAUGAAUCUAUCUACCACACAUGUUUGAAUAUAUUGAUCUUUUUAUUGUUGAUAAAAAAAAAAAAAAAGAAGAGUCGCAGCCGGAUUUUGCUCACAGGAGUUUGGACGCUUCGGACAUGGUUGAGUGCAGAUACUGUGUGUGUGUGUGUGUGUGUGUGUGUGAGUGUGCGCAUGUGUGUGAGUGUUACUUUGUGUCAAAACAAUCACUCGUUCAAAGAAGACGGGAACAAAGAGGUUUCCGACAUCCCCACGGAGCAGUUUUUGUGGAUUUCCAUGAGACUGACGGACCGUCAGGAACCUGAUGGAAAGUGUGUUGUUUUUAUUGUUUUGUCUACACUUGGAAGUGUUUGAAUACUGUGUGUGCGCGCGACAGUGGGAACAUGAAGUCUGCUCAUAAAGGAAGCGGCACAAUCUCCUCCUCACUCCUCUGCAGAACUCCAAACCAACGCUUUUCCUGACGGCUGAGAUGUCACACUCCACCGUGUCCAUCCUGUGGCGUACAGUCACACCCUCGAGUGCUAAUUUUAGCAGCCAAAUCGGGACUCCUUUUGAGUUGUUUUCAAUUCUUCUCCAGGUGCAAUGGAGCAAAAAUGUGAAACAUUUCCACUCCAGUUGGGAACAACACAAGCAUGCCAUGUUUAAACACCAGGGUGAACUCGGAAUGAACCGGAUAAUAAGAGAUGCAUUGAGAUGGACGCGUGCCCAAAAACAUUUGCCCCGCCUCAACGGUUCAGUAACCUUUUCAGGGCUUUCAUGUCGACCACAUCUGCCUAACGUGAUGGAAAGGGAAGGCAGCAGGAAAGAGAGGCCCAGCUAUCACGCCAGAAAUAAAAAGUACUACUGAUCUCUCCAUUCUUUGGCUUACACCGCAGAUGUAUUCAUUCUGUGUACGCUCUCCUUUAAACCGCAGUUUUCAAAUAAGGGUUAAAGUUACAGGUCAUACCUCUCCCACCUGGCAAGAGGUAGGAGUUAGUUUUCACAGCACUGGCCCUCCUUUUCUAAACUACUGUCUGCAAAAUUCCACAUUUCCUUUGUUUAGUUUGGAUUUUGACAUUAAAAACCUGGGAAAACUGUAAAAGUUUGAUUUCUAAGGUGACAGGAAAUGAGCAUCAUAUAAAUUUGAAGAAAAAAAAACCCAAAAUACAGUUAUGGAAAGCUUUUCCUACUUUUACCAUGAUCUUUGCUGUCGUGGAGUUCAGGAGUCUUUGAGUACCAUCUCUCUGUUAUGAUGUAAUGGCAGCAGGGGUGAGAAUCAAAGCUAGGUUUUGUUGUGGAAAUACGCAUCUAACAGCCAUGCUGCACUGCUUUUAUUUUGAAAAUUCCAGAGAAAAUGUUAAGUUCCUUCCAUGGUAGUGCUAUGAAAACAGAGAUUAAUUCUUAAUUUGUCAGUAUGAGUAACUAAACAACUGGCUCGUUCAGCCUCUGAGCAUAAGCAAGUGCCAGUGUGUAAAGUGUGAUUUCAUCUCAGGGCUCACAGGGUUUCAUUAUGCAGGAUGAUAAAUCAGCAGUGAGAACUGCAGCAGCAGGGCGGAACCUCCUUCCCAACUGGACUGUCUGGUUUUCCUUUACUGCCUCAUCUCACCUCUGUUGUCUGACAAUUCCCUCGAGGUCAGCCCUUUCAGGGAAGGCUCCAAAGGGAUUCUCUCACCUGCUGAUUCAGUUUACACUGAGUGUGGAAAAGUACAGUUAAAUGAAGUCAAAAUGACACCUGUCUGUCACUCUGUUACUGUCAUAACUGAUCUGGUAAAAUCACCAAAGGAAAAAAAAAAAACGAGUCACUGAGCACGCUCAAGAAGAGAUACUGACAGUAUGAUUGUGCCUGUGAGCAUCGCUGUCCCCUACUGCCCCCUGGUGAUGAAACACAGCAUUGUCACCGAGUGCAUGAGUUCAGACAAAAAAUAAAAAUACUGAUGAUUUAAUACUUUUAAUGGUUUUACUGUAAAGAAAAUGUUAACCCACCUUAAAAAAAACAGAUAUGUGAUAUUUUCUGCAUAACACAUCUACAGCAAGUCUAAAAAACAAACAAACAAAACAAACCUGCCACUGGUCAGAUUUUGCUCCACCUGACAGAUAAACUUUGUAUGAUCCCGAUGUGACUGUGCCUCCUGUUUUUAAACUGUAUCUAUUUAUAUGAACAAAUGUGUGUGUGUGUGUGUGUGUGUGUGUGUGUGUGUGUGUGUGUGUGUGUGUGUGUGUGUGUGUAUGUAUGCCAUUCCAGUUGACGCAACCACACCCCCCACCCACCCCUUCCCCUCCACCAUCUGUCACACUGUUGCCAAGUCACAGUCCUGCGUCAUGGAUUGGUUUCUGAUGGACAGUUUUCUGGUGGCGCUGCCGUGUAAGAUGUGUGUGAGUCUCACAGCGUUAG